CUCUCCCCUUCUCUUUCCCUCCACUGCACCCUGACCCACGACUGUAAACGAGUGCAGUCUGAGAAAAAGAAAAGGAGUCCAUGAUGAUGUACCCAAAACUUUACCUACGGCUGUUUACUUUCCUGGCAAUAAUAACUCUACUGGCUCUCUCAGAUGCAUCCAAGCAGAGCACUUUGCACAAAAUCCUGAAGAAGAGAGAAGUGGAGGGUGAGGUAAAGGCUGCAGAUGCUGUGGCAGUUCCUCCAUCCAAAGCCAAGCAGUUCCUGGCUUCUCUUCGAAGGCCUAAGAGGAACCUGUGGGACCGCAGUCGUCCUGAUGUGCAGCAGUGGAUCCAGCAGUUCAUGUAUAUGGGGUAUGAUGAGGCGAGACUAGAGACUGACCUGGCAUAUUGGAUGGACCAUGCUCGUUCCACAGAUCAGGGACGGCAGCAUCACUAUGAUGAGAAUUCUCCCAUGGGUCCUCGCUAUAGCACCUCUUACAGACACGGAGCAAAUGUCAACUAUGAUUACUAUUAGCUUUUGGCUUCUCCUCAGGAAUCAAUCCAUGUGAAUCAAUUGAAUGCAAUUCUGUGGAUGAGCAGAGCCUCUUGUGAUAAAGAAUUUUCUUCCUACUCAAAUAUUUUUUAAAUGCGAUUUUGAGUAAAUACUGUGCUUGUUUACGUGUUUUCUGGGUGGCUGCAAUUGUUUUUCCCAGUGCAUGGGGAAAAAACACUUUUUUGCCUGUACAUGCCUGAUUUCCUUCCCAGAGUAAUCUAAUCACAUACAUUAUUGAUUAUCUUGGUCACCUGUAAUGCAGUAGUUUGGUCAAUAAUCUUAUUGAUUAGAUGGACUCUAAUUAACUAAUAACUGCCUCUUCCUCUUAAUAAUCUCAGAAAAUUUGGAUAAUUUAUAAAGAAAUCUUUUUAUGCUUAGUGUAACAAAUUAUAAGCAAACUAUAUAAAAAAACAUCUAAACUCAAUCCUGUUUAGAUUGGUAAAGUUCACAAAACAUUUACUUCAUGGUGAAACACUUUUAUAUAAAAUGUCUGUUUUCCCCAAUUUCUUCAUGUGUGCAUGCAUUUCUGUUCAAUGAACAUCCUGAAGGUGAAGCAAGAACAAAUAAACUUGGGUUAUCAUAAUUAUCA